AUGCGCGACUGCGAGGUGUCGCACGUGCGCGCGCUGCUGCAGUUCAUGUACGUGGGGCAGGUGAACAUCGCGCAGGCGCAGCUCAGCGCGUUCCUGCGCACGGCCGACGCGCUGCAGAUACGCGGCCUCACCGACUGCUCGCAACACAACGACAAAAAAGUGAAUCGGAAGUCUCCACCUUCCCAACUCCGUAAUUUGCUCAGCGCCAAGCCGUCACAUUCUACCUCCUCAUCCAAAGCCGCAAGCCAAAAUGUGGAAUCGACGUCCGCCGACGACCUCGACAAAAGUGCGAGUCGCCGCUCCGAGAGGAAUUCUCCCGACGUCGCCAGAAACAAUCUCAGCGAAGAAGCUUCCUUUCAAACUUCUAGUCAAAUGAGGCCUAAUAAUGACGACUAUAACCAAACUUGUAACUACCCCACUUUGAGGGUGAAAACUGAUCUCGAAGCCACUGAAAUUAAUAAUGAUGAAAACGAAAUCCUCAUGGACCCGGGGGACUCCGAGGGCGUGGACCACAAGGACUUCAGCGCGACGGACCUGCUCGAGCCGAAGAUGGAAGUGAUGGAGCAAGAGGCCAGCGACGAGGAGCGCUCGAGCUUCCAGCAACUGUACUACCACGAGAACAACGCGCUGGCCAACCCCUUCGCGACCAUCCAAGGUAACAUCGAUCUCAUGGCCGGCAUGAACGCGGAGCUGCGCGACGAGAACGCGGAAGAAGAUAAUAAGUCGGUGGUGUCAGCAGGCGGCGGGCGGUGGGACGGUCGGCGCAGUCGGCCGGUGCCCGACGCGGUGUGGUUGGAGCAACACCGACGAGCUCUGCCCUUCGCGCUCAAGCGGGAGAACGAGCGAGGCGCGCCCGCACCCAGACUUAUAAAGCUGGGCGAGGGCGUCGAGAUCCGCGAGGAGUUGCUCCGCGGCGUGAAGUGGGGCGACUACCGCAAGGUGACGCGCGGGCUGGCGGCGGCGCUGUUCUCGCCCAUGGAGCUGGCCACGUGCUCGGUGACGGGGCAGCGCUGGUCGCGCGCGGGGCAGGAGUCGCGCCCCACCAAGCCGCCGCUGGACCGGCGCCGCGUGCACGCGCUCAUCUCCUACGUCAGCAGGCACUUCCCCGACGUGGAGGUCAGCCGCAUCAAGCAGGUGCUCGCGUACAAGUGCAAGGAGAACUGCGCCGCGCUGCGCAUGCGGACCGCCAGGCUUUCCAACUGUUUCAGCGAGUCCAGCAACUACCUGCUGAGCGCGGCGGCGCGGCCCGCGGACGACGCGCCGCACCCGCCGCACCCGCCGCUCGCGCACUCCGCGCCGCCGCCGCCCGUCCCCGCGCGCUCGUCGUACUCGCACUAGUGAGUGUCCAACUGUUGCAGCGAGUCCAGCCACUACCUGCUGAGCGCGGCGGCGCGGCCCGCGGACGACGCGCCGCACCCGCCGCACCCGCCGCUCGCGCACUCCGCGCCGCCGCCGCCCGUCCCCGCGCGCUCGUCGUACUCGCACUACGAGGCGGCGAAGGGCGGCGGAGGCGGCGCGCCGGGGGGCGGCGGCGGCGCGGGCGACGGGGCGGGCGCCGAGGACGGCGAGGCGCCGCACUGAUGCGCGCACACAUUUCCGCAAUCUUGUUAUUUUUUACCAAAAAGAAAGUACCGACGCCCGCCGCCGCCGCGCGCCGUCGGCGGGACAGAGAUUUAUUUAGCGGCGGCGGCUCGCGGGCCGAAAGAUUCGUAUUUAUUUAGGUGAUAUUUUUGUAUUGGCUACGAUAAGGUUGAAUCGUCGCGGGCCGCGGAACGCGUUCGAAGCUCUAGCAAUAAUUUAUCAGGUUCCUAAGACAUGUUUUGUAGUUAGGUUCUAUUUGCACGAAUUUUCGCGAAACACUGCCGCUUUUACUUCUACGAAUCCCUAUUUCCUUCUAUAUUAGUGAAAUCGCUUCCUUCGUUACGUUUGUUACGAUGAUAGUCAUUCUCCUUCGUUACGUUUUAAAAUUUGUAUAUGAGGCAUUUAAGUGCUGUUCGAGGGACCGUUGCAAUCGCACGUGGAUAUAUCAAAAUGGCAUAAUUUUUAGAGCUAAAGUAGAGAAUAUUAUAUUAGUCAUUUCGUUUUAUAGAUAUAAUGUAAAAGAGAAUUUAUUUUGGAGUGCGUCGAGUCGGUAUAAUGAAAAGUCUUCGGUGAGCUGUGAUCGUGAUGGUUAUAAAGGAGUCAUAUUUUUAAAUAUUUUUAAGAGUUAUAGUAAUUGUAGCUUGUGUACAGACAGACGGGGUCUGUGGGAACAUGUCAAUUGUGGCGACGCCGCAGGUGGCUGCGGGCACAUCUGCGCAGGGACGUAUGUAUCAUAUCAUCUAAGCAAUAACUAUUAUUUGAUAUAAAAAAAGUAAUAAAGAAUUUUUAAUUUUUAAAUACUAUUUUAACCGUGUUGUUAUAAAAGUAGUUAGUAAAUAACUGAAUUCUCUAAAGUCCAUGAUCAUUUAUACUGUUCUUUUGAACGAUGAUCUAAUCCUCAUAAUAAUUACUCGUCACAUAUGAAACUUCAUAUCAAUGUUAUUUUACGAAAAUUUGUACUAUUUUAGUCGUGUUUAUCUUAUUAUAUAGGGACGAGCAGAUAUUCACAACCGGCGACUCAAACCCGACCUGUUUUUGAUAAUACUCGCUUAUAUUUGAGAAGAUUUGUAAGUAAGAUGGCCGCGUAGUAACCAAUUAGGGGUUGAGUGCAAGAAUCCUUCAUUCUACAAGACUGGUCUAAUCCAAGAAGUCUUGGCUUAAAUGAUGUUUACUCACUUCUGGAAAAAGGCUUUUGCUAAGUUGGAGGAAAAAGGGGAAUAUUGGCCGUUUCAAAUGGUUACUAUUCUUUAUCAAAAAAAAAGUUACCCCUAAUAAGUUAGCACGUUACCAUUUUGCACCAUCGUCAAGCGAAUUAACUUGUUAAGUAGAAAACUAUUUGGUAACAAAUCUAAUCUCUCAUUUUAGUCUCGAACGGAACAAAUACUCACGAUAUCUGCUUGUCGCCCGGUCGUGCACGUGGGUGCGUAGCGCUGUUAUCACAUAAGUUGCAGUUACCAGAGCGGUGUUCCUUAACAUACCGAGUUAAUGUGUUACGAUGCCAACUGGAUGUCUUUAAUGCUCAAUUUUUGCCAAAUUUUACUUGCCGAAAGUCUUGUCUAUAUAAUUUGUUGUGUAACGCUUUAUCUAAACGCCAUUCCGCCCUAUUCUCCUCGUGAUCUCAGAGGACAGAUGGCUCGACAGAUUUUGCUCAAUGAUAAGCGUUAUUAUUCCUUCGGAUUCUGUUCGUGCGUCCGCUUAGAGGUUGAGGGAUCGGCCCGAUCAAAUUUAUAUAUCAUUAGAAAAUUUUUUAAAUAAAAAAAAAAAUUUAAAAAGUAAUUGUAAUAUUUAGAGUGAAAAAGAGGUUUAUCGAGAAUUGUUAAGUAUAAAUACUUAUUGUGACGUAUGCUCGAGAUGCAAUAUGUUAAUUUAGUGCCAAAUGAUAAGUUAACUCGUAGCAAUAUUGUCGUAACCUAAUGCUCUUGUAAUUUCUCGCGUAGUGUUAAUGACCUAUGAGGUUAAAAGGUUUCUUUUACAAGACUAUAAUAAUAUAUUUAUACAGGGAAAGAGUUAGGGAUGUACGGUUCGGAUAUAAGAAUGUUGUUGCGGUAAUAAUACUCAUUGUGGCAGGGUGUAAAAAUAAAGGGACGUGUUGGCGCCAGCGGGCCUUUUGUACCUGGAACAGAUGCAACCAACGUUUCUUUGUGUUUGAAGUUCGAUGUACCUACCGGUUAUGAUCAUAGUAAGAAUCUUAGGUAUAUGUGAUGGAGUUUUGUGUUACCUCAUUCAAUUAACACAUAUCACAAGUUUUAUUUUAAUUUUCUUGAUAAUUAUCAUCAUUUAUAUGAGUAUAGAAAGAUGUACACUUAUUAAAUAAACAUGGGGAAUUUGGUGUAUAAGCUAAAUGAAUUUAAAUGUUACGUUUAGGAAUGUAGCUGGUCCACGCUAUAGGUAUACCUAUAUGUUUUUUUUAUUUAUACAAUUAUGAUGUAUUUUCUUUGAAAGGAUUUAUAUUUGCCUUAAAACGGUUUUAUAUCUAGAAUCUAUUUUCUAAAAGACUGGAACAUUGGUUGGAUCUUUUCAGCUUUCAGGUUCGAGUUGUUAUUUAAGUUAUCACACGCUAAUCACAAUCGCCAAACACGCCACCGACAGGGUAGUUUUAUUAAUUAGUGUUCUCUUUGCUUCCACUUGAUUAUUUUUACACUCUGUUUUAAAAAAGCACUGAAUGAGCAAUGGAACAGAGAAUUUAUUUACUCCAAUAAGUCUUUUUUUUAUUAUUAAUUAUUUAUAAUUAUAAUAUUUUUUUUUAUACUAAACAUAUACAUUAUUUUGCAUUUUAUGAUUGUAAAUGGCAGCUGUCCAUGUUUUGCGGUGAAUGAUAAAAUCACUCACUGUUUUAUUAGUGUUUCAUAAAUUAAUUAGAAACGAAACAUCGAACAUGACACAAUGGGCACAAAUAUUAGAAAAAAAAAAAUCUAUGGCUUACUUUUGCUUGCAAUACGUAAUAUUUAGAAUGUGAUCGUUCCGAGUUUAUCGGGAUAUACUCGUAUGUGGAGCCCUUGUUAACAAAUCUAUAUAUAUUUAUUAGAUAUAUUUUCACUGAGCAAUACAACUUUUAAAAUUAUCUAUAUAUUUAAGAAGAACAACAUCGAUGCCACUGUUCCGCGGGGAACAGUGUUGUGCCAAAAUUAAGUGCUAGUCUUUAAAAAAAAAUGUUGUUAUCAUUUUCAGAUUUUUAUUUAGUCCAGAAUGUGUUUGUUCCUGUGCUGUGAAAGUAAUAUUUUCCGACAAAUCAACACUCGCGUGUGAUGGACGAUUGGAUAAUAUAGUUGUUUUUUUUUUCAAUUAGUUUUUAGGACAUAAUUAUGUAGUUCACGUUAUACCUAUUAUACACUAAUCUACUACAAUUUAUAUUACGUGAAAGUUGGGAAGCAACUAUAUUGUCUGAUAGGGGGCGUAUAGGUCGACAACAUCACAGGGUUUGUCGUUAUAAAAAUUAUUUAAUUAUUAUUAUAAGAAAUAAUAAUGAAAUAUUGUUGCGUAAACGCGCAAAAGUGAAACUUCUUUAGUUCAUUUUCAUAUACCUUUAUUAAUGCUGAAAUUAAGGGCAAGUCGACAUGGCAUGGGGUUACCAGUUUACCUGUUUCUGGGUUAGUGACAUUUUUUAAAUAUUUUUUUAGAUUUUUAGCAUGCAAGUGCAUGUUACCAUAUUUUUAUUUUUUCAUGCUAUUAUAUGAAUUUACAUUUUAUUUUAAAUAAAUUUUGUUAUGGAAUUAUUUUGACGUGCAAAUAUUAUUAUAGCUGUAGUAAAAAUACACGCAAUAUUAAAUACAGAGACAAAUAUUUAUACAACUAAAUACGGUGUAGAGAUAUUUAAACGAAUAUUUUGAUUUUAUCUACUCUUUGUCUGAGGAAGUUUCACUUGAGGAUAUAAUAUAAUAUGUUAGAAGUUGUGAGGUGAUUUGUAUAUUACUUGGGUUCUAAUUCUAUUUACUGUGGUCCAUAAUAUCGUAUAGUCAGUUGUCGUCCUAUAGUGAAAUUGUGAUUCGAGUCAUAAAUGUAAUUAUAAUAUGAUGAGUUGUGUUGAUUUGUUGCUAUAUUUAUAGUAUUUAUAUUGAUGAUAAUGCACACGAUAAUUUAGCUUUGAGCUCGUGCAAUAUUAUUCCAAAUUGUUUAUAGGGAAAAAACUGUUAUGAUAAUUUCUAAAUUGUUAUAUAAAUAUUUUUGUAAUUAUAAAAGACAUAGGCAACUUGAAUUCUAUUUUUGUUGUGCAUUUAUUCUCAAAUUUUAUCAUUACAUCUCCCACAAACCCAUUGUGGACUGUAAUGUCUGCGCCUGUGGAACUUAUUGUUAAGCUGCGGUAGACGGUUUGUUUUAUAUAUCGCCGAUAUUAUGAGUCAAUCCUAGUAAUGUUAAUUCUCCUUAAUUUAGAAUAAUUUUACAGUAAACCAAUUACAUUUGCUCAACCAAUAUGCGACACUAACUGCAAUAUAGACAGAAGUAAUUUUUGUAUUGUCCUUUUUAUAUCGUUAUUUAUAUAAUAAUUCAGUUUAAUUAAUUUGUGAGUUGUGGCAGCGCAUGUUAUAGUCUUACGUUUAUUCUAAAUAGAGGCCAAAUGUUGACUUGCUUAUGUGAGACUGUUUUGCCAAGAAUCAGAAAGUAUAUUACCUACAUUGUUUUAAAAUAAAUGCUUUUAUAUAAAAUAA